GCUAGAAUACCCCAAGCUGGCUCCCUCCCGGCCCAUCCUGCCGCCCGUCUGCGAGCCGGCAGGAGGAGGCAGCCAGCUGGCCAUGGGCCUCUCCGGCUACUCCAUUUCGGAGCCCUUCCUGGGGCCCCGCUUGCAGGCCGCCGAGGGGACCAAGCCGCCCUACAGCUACAUCGCUCUGAUCACCAUGGCCAUCCAGAGCACUCCGGAGAAGCGGAUCACCUUGAAUGGCAUCUACCGCUACAUCAUGGGCCGCUUCGCCUACUACCGGGACAACAAGCAGGGCUGGCAGAACAGCAUCCGGCACAACCUGUCGCUCAACGAGUGUUUCGUGAAGGUGCCCCGCGACGACAAGAAGCCCGGCAAAGGGAAUUACUGGACGCUGGACCCCGAGUGCUACAACAUGUUCGAGAACGGCAGCUUCCUACGACGACGACGACGCUUCACCCGCAAGCGGGGCCCGGUGCGGGCCGAGGCGGAGGGCCACCAGAAGCUCCCCAAAUGCCAGCCCAAGCCAGCCAGCCAGACUUUCGCAGGGAAGGCAAUCAAGAUGGAGAAUGACCCUUCAUCACCCACUCCUUCGAGCCAGCUCCAGAGCUCCUGCCGGGAAAUGCCAGGCCCUGAGGAACCUUUGCCGUUACAGGAGCCCGCCGCUGGCCGGGGCGGCAGAGAUCCCGCCCUUCUUUGCCAAGAACAGGUGGGCCCCGGCAGCCUGGGGUGUGCCAAGGUCUACCCACCAAGGCCUCGGCAGCUGUGCCUACCUCCACAGGGGCUGUCGGGCUCAAAACCUCAGCUGUAUGACCGAGACCCCUGCUGCCCUUCUCGGAUGGAUUGCGCCCAGGUGAAGGAGGUUCUUGGGGAGCCCCAGGCCGGCUCCAUGGCACAGGCUGUUCACCUGGGUGAGAGGAUGGCCCAGGCGCCCACGCAGCCCAGCGCAGAUGUCAAGGAGCUGCUUCAAAGCACCUCAAAGGCAUCUCCGGGUGCUCCCAAGGGUGGGCUAGAAGGUAAGGAGGUGUCCCAAAUGUUCGGGCAGCCGGCGCUCUCCUUCCCGGCCCUCCUGGGCCCUGGCCGAUCCUCCCAGCCCUGCAGCCGUCAGCCCAGCCCAGCCUGCCUGCCAGCUGUGGAGGGCGAGGGCUACCCCAAACCGUCGGUGCUGCCCAUCUUCAGUUCCUAUUCCGGCCCCGAAGCGCUGAGCGGAAACUACCAGUGCCGCCUGCAGGCGUUGAACUUCUGCGUCAACGAACACGGCUGCGGCACGGCCCUGGAGCACCUCUUGACGGCUCCCCCGGCGUCGGCCACUGCGGCUCCUGUCCAGCCGCCCUCAUUCAUGCAGCUUCAAGCGGAGCAGGAGGCCUGGGCCGGGACCCCCUUUUCCCUCCAGGGAGGGAACGGUUACCAGCUGGGUCUCCCACACUGUCUCUAUAGGACACCUGGCAUGUUCUUCUUUGAGUGACGGC